GCUUAAAACAAAACCUUUCUUAAUUCUUAACAGGGAAAAUACCAUCACGAUCCAAAACCCUCGUUACCGCCGACGACAUCAAUGGCGACCUCACGGUUGCUCCUCCGCUCUCCGACACUGAAAUCCAUACUCACCGUCCACCAGUGCCGAUCCGCAUCCACCGCCGUAGCACCGUCACACCACAACGACCACCAACGCAACCAGCAAUAUCUUUCACCUAACAACUACCUCAACAGCUGGAAACCGCCAAAGGAUCCGAAGGAAGCUCAGGCGAAGCUCCACCAGCUCCGCCGUGAGUACGCCAAGAAGGUUAAGGCGGUGAGGAAGGAGUAUAUUCAUGAAAUGGAGCUUCAGAGGAUUGAGAAGCAGAGGAAAGAUGAAGCUAAAAAGGAAGCGUUGAGGAUUGAGAGUGAAGAGCGUAGGGCUGCGAAAUUGGCGGAGAAGAAGGUUAAGGCGGCUGAACGGCAGGUUGCGGAAGAGGAGUUCCGGCAGACGCUGUUAAAAGAAAGAGCUGAGAAGCUUGAAUAUCACAAACAAAGAGAGCAGAAAUUCAUGGAGAAGAAGAAUGAGAAGAAGGAGCUACUGCGUCGCCAAAGUUCCGUAUGGAUUGAUGAAAAUGAACUCGAGAAAAGGAUAUUGAAUGCCAUUAUGGAUGAGUCCUAAGGUAACCAUGCUUUCAACUUGCAUUUUUUAAACUUUUUUCCCGCUCUUGUUACUCAAGACGUAGACUUGAAGCACACAUGCUGGUGUGAGGCCAAGAAACCCUUGAUUUUAUGGUUGUAAGUGCAAGCAUGUACACGGAAUAAGUCUAAAAAUGUGUUUCAUUGGUCUUUCACUUGUGGGCAUGAAUUGAAUUUUUUUGUAUCAUUCCGGUUGGAUGGUUGGUUGUUAGUUAACUAAAUAUGUUGAAUCAUAAACAUAAUUCUAUAUUGAUUCACAGUGA